AGAACCUCGAGGCCUGGGCCGGCGCUGCCUUGGCUUGGCGCCUGAGUUGUUGGGUAGGGGUUUGGCUGGUCUCGCGGCGCCAUGGCGGGUCCACCGCCGCCGGGCGGCUUCCCGCUUCCGUCGGGCAUCCCGCUGCCACCGUUCUGCAUGCCACCGCCUGGCAUGCCUCCGCCGAGCUUCGCGGCCUUCAGCCGUCCGCCGCCUGCCUUCCCGCCAGGCGGCGCGCCGGCCGCGCCCUCUCCCGGCACGCCGCCGGCGGGGCCUCCCGCCGGCGCCGCCGCCGCCGUCCCGGCGCGCAGCGACGCGCCCAAGACGGCGUGGACCGAGCAUCGGGCGCCCGACGGCCGCACCUACUACUACAACACAGCCACCAAGCAGAGUGCGUGGGACAAGCCGGACGAGAUGAAGUCGUCGACUGAGCUGCUGCUUUCGCAGUGCUCCUGGAAGGAGUACACCUCCGACAGCGGCAAGACCUACUACCAUCACGUGGUCAGCAAGGAGUCGCGCUGGACGAUCCCGCCCGAGCUGGAGCAGCUGAAGGCCCGCCUGGCGAGCCAGGACGCAAAGCCGCCGGCCGAGGCCCCCGCCGCUGGCGGCGACGCCAAAAAGUCGGCUCUGGACCUGGCCAUGGCGGCCACGCUGGCCGCCAUGGACAUCCCAACGCCGCCGGUGACCGAGGCGGCGGCCGACUCGCCGGCCGACGGCGGCUCGCGCAGCACGAGCGGCACGCCCGAGCCGCGCCGCGUCUUCAAGGACAAGCGCGAGGCGAUUGAAGCGUUCAAAGAGCUGCUGCGCGAGAAGGGCGUGCCAAGCACCGCCACCUGGGAGCAGGCGCUGAAACUGAUCCAGGGCGAUCAGCGUUACGAGACGCUGCAGCGGCUCAAUGAGAAAAAGCAGGCGUUCAACGCGUACAAGACGCAGCGCGGCAAAGAAGAAAAGGAGGAGCAGCGGUUGCGUGCCAAAAAAGCCAAGGAGGACCUGGAGGAGUUCCUGCUAACUGGGGACCGCAUUACCUCCAUGACUAAGUACUACAAGUGCGAGGAGAUGUUCGUCGAUAUGGACAUCUGGAAGGCGGUGGCAGACCACGAGCGCCGCGAUAUCUAUGAGGAUGUCGUCUUCACGCUUGCCAAGCGAGAGAAGGAGGAGACCAAGCAGAUGCGAAAGCGGAAUAUGAAGGUGCUUUCUGAGAUCCUGGACUCGAUGGCGGACAUCACCCACCUCACGACGUGGCAGGAGGCGCAGCAGAUGCUGCUCGACAACCCGCGCUUCGCCGAGGACACGGACUUGUUGGGCAUGGACAAGGAAGACGCGCUGAUUGUCUACGAGGACCAUGUGCGUCAGCUUGAGGCGGAUGAGCAGGAGGAACGCGAGGCCGAUAAGAAGCGCAAGGCGCGGCUCGAGCGGAAAAACCGUGACGCGUUCGCGGCCCUGCUAGACGAGCUGCACGACCAAGGCAAGCUAACGUCCAUGUCGCUCUGGGUUGAGCUCUACCCGGUGCUGAGCUCAGACCUACGCUUCUCGGCCAUGCUUGGCCAGACGGGCUCGACACCGCUCGACCUCUUCAAGUUUUACGUGGAGGACCUGAAGUCGCGCUUCCACGACGAGAAGAAGAUCAUCAAGGAGAUCCUUAAGGAGAAAGACUUCGAAGUGCAGGUGACAACAACAUUCGAGGAAUUCGCGACAGUUGUGUGCGAGGACAAACGGUCAGGCACCUUGGACGCCGGCAACGUCAAGCUCACCUAUAACUCACUGCUGGAGAAGGCCGAAGCGCGCGAGAAGGAGAAGAUCAAGGAGGAGAAUCGCAAGCUGAAGAAGCUGGAGUCGGCCUUUAAGAGCAUGCUGAAGGCGAGUGACAUCGAACACGGCGCCACGUGGGCCGACUCGCGCGCCAAGCUGGAGAACGAACCCGCCUUCAACGCCGUCGAGCUGGAGUCGGAGCGCGUCCGCAUGUUCAAGGACUAUCAGCAGACGCUGGAGGACGCCUGCGGCCACCAUCACUCGAAGUCUAAGAAGAAGAAGAGCAAGAAGAAGCGGUCUCGCUCCCGCUCGCGGUCCGAUUCGGGCUCGGAGCGGCGCGCGCGGCGCAGCCGGCGCAAGCGGCGUUCGCGCUCACGCUCCGGCUCUCGCUCGCGAAGCGCCAGCUCCAGUGACGCCGGCCGGCGCCACGGCAAGCGCAAGACGCGUCGGCGGCGCCACAGUCGCUCGAGCAGCGGCAGCGGCUCCGAGUCGGAGUCGGGCCGGCCUGAGCGGCGCCGCGAGAAGCGCGCCGCCCGCGACGGCCCGGAGGAGGGCGAGUUGAGCGAGGACGAACUGGAGAAGAAGCGCCGCCACUUGCUGGCCCAGCUGCAGGAGGAGUGAGCGCACGUGGGCGUGAGUGCUGAACGCAGGGAUGAGAGUGGUGGCUGCGUGGGAUUACGGGAGAGGAAGUGCGGACUCCUGAGGGGGGGGGGGGGGGAGGAGGGAAGUGAGCGUGGAAUGGAAACGGAAAAAUUUCAAAUAAGAGGAAGUGGGUUCGAGGACUCAACUUACGUUGGAAAUCAUGUACGGCUUUGCAUGAUGUUCCGCGGUACUGUUUGGUUCUUCUCCCCACCGCCGUGAUUUCUGUACAAAACAGUGAAGCACUCGCGCGCCAUAAGGCUAACGUAGUCGGUGUACCACUGUGGUUACUGGUUCGGCCAUAUUUUUCAUAAAGUUUGCUCUUACGCACGUAUUUCAAAUCAAUUGUGGUCCCCGCAGUCCACGUUCCAAUCUUCAGGAGAAUCAUCACAUUGUGGGUGUUCAUCACAGGACCCAGCGCGUCAUGAAGUGCACGAUCGUUUCUGAGUGCGCACGUAUGACAUGGCGGGUUGCAAAGGACCGUCAGCGAUGUCGUAUUUGUGCCAGCUCCUAAGUCAUGGCAGCGAUGUAAAUAGGUCUUUUUCCCAUCGCCGUGAGUUCAUCAUAAAUAUACCAGAUCGUCACCCGGA